GCCGGGACCAAGGAAACAGACGGCAACCAUGGCUAGGAAGCAGCAGCGGAACAAGGGAAUGCCAGCUGUUGCGAAGCCCGGACAGAAUGGAAACGGUAAAGGGAAAGCGCCGGACCGCGCACCCGCCAGGACGAUCAAGGGCUCCCGCAGCCGUGCGUUGAACGCCUUCGAUCUUGCCGAGGAUGACGACCAUAAGCCCCAGAAGGCUAUCGGAGGACGUCGCGGCAAGGCAUUUGCCGAUGCUGAGGAGGAAGAAUCCGAGGAUGAGGGCGUCAAGACCGAGGACGACGAGGAAAUCGACUCCGACGAGGCGUGGGAUUCCGACGAUGAGGAGAAAUACGGUGACUGGUCUAUGCGUGGUUCUAGAACUACCCCCGGUGGACAACCCAAGAAGCGCGGAGAGAGUGUUGGCGACAAAGGUGACGAGGAGGAAGGCGAGGAGAUUGACUUGAACGAGGAUGAGGAUGCGGAGAGUGACGAGGAGGAUGAGGAGGAGUAUAUGGAUUUGUCCGAGAUGCUCGGUGGAUCAUCGAAACCUGCUGCGCCAACAAAGAAGAGCAAGAAGCCUGAGCCAGUUGAGGGGGAAGAUGAGGAUGAACUCGAUUUGGAUGAGGACGAGGAUGAGGACGACAUGGACGAUGAGGAUGACGAUGGUCUGGAUGGAUUGCUCGACCCAGAAGACUCUGGUGAGGAGGAGUUGGACUCGGAAGAGGAAGACGACGAAGAUGAGGAAGAGGACAAAAUGGAGCUGCCGACCGACUCCGAGGAUGAGGACGAGGAGGACGAAGACAAACUCGCAGCCGUCCGCAACCUCAUCGCCAAAGAAUACGCAUCCGAGAAGCGCUCGACUGAAGACGCCGUCAAAGACGCACCCAUCGCCAAGCGUUCCCGAGUCACGACCAUCGACCGUAACGAGUCCCGCAAGGAAUCCGAGUACAACCUUUCCUCAUCCAACAAGAUCUCCCUUUCCGAUCUCACCGGUACGCUCUCUGACCCAACUCUUCGUGAUGCGAUCAAGACGUUUGACCCGAAGGAUAAGGUUGAGACGCUUGCCGCGCCGUUGCCGACUCGCGUCCAAGCUCGUGUUGACCGUCAAGCUGCGUUCAAGCUCGCGAAGGAGGAGGUGUCGAAAUGGCAGGAUACCGUCAAGCGGAACCGUGAAGCUGACCACCUCUUCUUCCCCAUGAACGAGCCGGCGAAGCAGGUCGCCACUGCUGCAUCCAUGACCUCCCAAUUUCAGCCAUCUACAGAGUUGGAGAAGGAAGUCGAUGAAGUGCUGAAGGAGUCCGGUUUGAAGACCGAAAAGACGGUUUCCGCUUUCGAGGAUCUCGCGAUGAACAAGCUCUCGAUCGAGGAAGUCGCCAAACGCCGUACCGAGCUACGACAAAUGCGCGAACUCAUGUUCCGGGAAGAAAUCAAAGCCAGGCGCGUCUCAAAGAUCAAAUCCAAAGCCUACCGCAAGGUUCACAAAAAGGAGCGCGACGCACAGGAAGCCGCUGUUCGUGCCGCAGAAGGCAUUGAUCCAGAGGAAGAGAGAAUGAGACUGGAGCAGCAGAGGGCUGAGGAGCGUAUGACCCAAAGACAUAAGAACACGCGUGGAAACGUGAGGAUGAAUCACACCGAUGAGGAGACUCGGGCGGAUAUGGAGGAAUCUCUUCGUCGUCGGGAUGAGUUGACGAGACGGAUCCAGGGUAAGGAGUCAGAUGAGGAGUCCUCCGACGAUGAUGACGAGGUUGGGGAGUGGGACGAACUCGCCGCUGUCGCUGCUGCGAAGAAGGCGGGUGAGGAUAAGGAGGUCGAUGGUGGUGUCAAGUUGUCGAAGGGCUUCAAGGGGUUGAUGAACAUGAAGUUCAUGCAAAAUGCCGCGGCAGAGCAGGCGAGGAAGAACCGGGCAGAGCUCGAUGAUUUCGAGGCGGAGAUGACAGGGAAGAGGGCCGAUGAAGAGGACGCUGGUGCUGGUACCCGAAUUGGGCAGAAUGCUGGGCGGAGGGUGUUUGCGCCGGGAGCUGGUACGGAUGGUGAGAAGCCUACGGCAAGGUUGACUGGUGAUGAGGAUGGUGGUAUCUGGAUGGGAUUCGAGGAUGAUGAUGAUGAGGACGUGCUCGCCGUGCACGGUGCGCCUGUUGGUAUCCAGGAGGGUCAGGUCACCUACGAAUCCAGACCGGCGAACGGCAAGAAGGGUGGCAAGAACGCUAAGCCUCUGUCGAACGGUGGUGGUCGGGUGAUCGACGAGCCGGAAGAGUCUAACCCAUGGUUGGCCGCUGGCGAGGGUCCUCUCGUCCAGUCCCGCAAAACACAAAACCUCCUUACGAAGGACUCAACGAAGCAGGAGAAGGCCGCAUCCAAGCUCAAGCGUAAGCGCGGUGCUGCCGAGGACGAAGCAGAUGUCGAAAUUGACGUCAACGCAACCCUCAAAAUCGUCUCCGACAACGAAGACGACGACGAGGACAACGACGCCGCUGUUCUCAUGGUCCACGCAAAGGGCAAAAAGGCCGUCAAGUUCCAGCGUGACCUCGUUGCUCGUGCAUUCGCCGGUGACGACGUCGUCCAGGAAUUCGAAGCCGAGAAGCAACAAACCAUGGAAGACGAAGGCGACAAAGAAGAAGACCUUACCCUCCCCGGUUGGGGCUCCUGGACCGGCGCUGGUGUCCGCAAGCACAAGAAGGCGAAGAAAAUCGUCAAGGUCACCAAGGGAAUCGACCCCACGAAGCGUAAAGACGCGAAACUCCAGGGUGUGGUCAUCAAUGAGAAGAGGAAUAAGCAUAAUUCGAAGUACCUCGCUACCAAGCUCCCUCAUGAGUUCGAGACGAGGGAUCAGUAUGAGAGGACUUUGGCGCAUGCUAUUGGGCCUCAGUGGAAUACGAGGGAUGCUUAUCAGAAGAUGACGAUGCCGAGGGUUAUUACGAAGCGUGGAAAGAUUGUGGAUCCGUUGGAGAAGCCGAUGGACAACUAACCGGGAUGCAUAUUUUAUUGGGAUAUACCGUUGCAUAGCAGGAAUAGCAUCUUUCUUGGAGUUCACAUCUUGUUCAGGCCAGUGAUUGAUAUAUUGAGUGUGUAUAUGAGACGUGACCGUGUAUAGCCGCCUUUUGAUAAUGUGUAUAUGCAAUGAAAAUAUGGCAUCCGCGACAUUACCCAACGAAACAUCACGCUCCUUCUCAAACUCGAUUCAAAUAUUCUUCAUCUCCUCAAGGGGCAUGCCGUUCAAAGUCCUCUCCAACCUCGAACUCUUCCUCUUCUCAAUCGCUUUGUCUUUCACUCCCU